AUGGCAAAGGUUAGAGUUGUUUUAACUGUGUGCCAGUUGGUGCUAGAAUUGUUAAUGAAUUCAUUAACUGAGUCUUCCAUACAGAGCAACGAAUGUCCGCAGCUUUGUGUCUGUGAAAUCCGGCCCUGGUUUACACCACAGUCAACCUACAGGGAAGCCACCACAGUUGACUGCAACGACCUCCGGUUAACAAAAAUCCCCAGCAACCUCUCCAGUGACACUCAAGUUCUUUUGUUACAAAGCAACAACAUUGCAAAGACCACAGACGAACUCCAGCAGCUCUUUAAUUUAACUGAAUUGGAUUUCUCACAAAAUAACUUCACAAGUAUCAGAGAUGUGGGGCUCUCUAAUCUCACUCAGCUUACGACUUUGCACCUGGAGGAGAACCAGAUCACGGAGAUGACCGACUACUGCCUGCAAGACCUCUGCAAUCUGCAGGAGCUCUACAUAAACCACAACCAGAUCAGCAGCAUUUCCGCAAACGCAUUCUCUGGCCUGAAAAAUCUUCUGAGAUUACACCUCAACUCCAACAAAUUAAAGGUUAUUGACAGCCGCUGGUUUGAUUCUACUCCCAACUUAGAGAUUCUCAUGAUUGGAGAAAACCCAGUGAUUGGAAUACUUGAUAUGAAUUUCAAAUCACUCUCAAACUUAAGGAGUCUAGUUUUGGCAGGUAUGUACCUCACAGACAUUCCUGGCAAUGCCUUGGUAGGCUUGGAUAGUCUUGAAAGUCUUUCUUUUUAUGACAACAAAUUGGUGAAAGUUCCUCAGCUCGCACUUGAGAAAGUUCCCAAUUUAAAAUUCCUGGAUCUCAACAAAAACCCAAUUCAUAAAAUUCAAGAAGGGGAUUUUAAAAACAUGCUGAGAUUGAAAGAGCUUGGGAUCAACAACAUGGGAGAACUCGUGUCUGUCGAUAGGUACGCACUGGACAACCUGCCUGAACUAACAAAGCUGGAAGCCACCAACAACCCAAAGCUGUCUUACAUCCAUCGCCUGGCGUUCCGCAACGUCCCCGCCCUGGAGAGCCUGAUGCUCAACAACAAUGCCUUGAAUGCAGUCUACCAAAAGACAGUGGAAUCCCUCCCAAACCUGCGCGAGAUCAGCAUCCACAGCAACCCGCUCAGGUGUGACUGCGUCAUCCACUGGAUCAACUCCAACAAAACCAACAUCCGCUUCAUGGAGCCUCUCUCCAUGUUCUGUGCUAUGCCUCCAGAGUACCGGGGGCAGCAGGUGAAGGAAGUGCUGAUACAGGACUCAAACGAACAAUGUCUUCCAAUGAUCUCUCACGAGACCUUUCCCAACCACUUAAACCUGGACAUCGGCAUGACAGUGUUUUUAGAUUGCCGGGCCAUGGCAGAACCUGAGCCAGAAAUCUACUGGGUCACUCCUCUGGGCAAUAAAGUCACCGUGGAAAGCCUCUCUGACAAAUACAAGCUGAGCAGUGAGGGCACCUUGGAAAUCUCCAACAUCCAGGUUGAGGACUCUGGGAGAUACACCUGUGUCGCUCAGAACGUAGAAGGGGCUGACACAAGGGUCGCCACCAUCCGGGUGAACGGAACGCUCCUGGAUGGCACCCAGGUUCUGAAGAUUUAUGUUAAACAAGCUGAAUCCCAUUCCAUCCUGGUUUCUUGGAAAGUCAAUUCCAACGUCAUGACAUCCAAUUUAAAAUGGUCAUCGGCCACAAUGAAGAUUGACAACCCUCACAUCACCUACACCGCCAGGGUCCCGGUGGAUGUCCACGAAUACAACCUCACACAUUUACAACCCUCUACAGAUUAUGAAGUGUGUCUGACAGUGUCCAAUAUCCAUCAGCAGACGCAGAGAUCCUGUGUCAACGUCACGACCAAAAACGCAGCUUUUACGCUGGACAUUUCCGACCAGGAGACCAGCACGGCCCUGGCAGCGGUGAUGGGAUCCAUGUUUGCUGUCAUCAGCCUCGCCUCCAUCUCUGUUUAUAUUGCAAAAAGGUUUAAGAGAAAAAACUACCACCACUCAUUGAAAAAAUAUAUGCAAAAGACCUCUUCAAUCCCCCUGAACGAGCUCUACCCUCCACUUAUUAAUCUCUGGGAAGGUGACAGUGAAAAAGACAAGGAUGGCUCUGCAGAGACCAAGCCGACCCAAGUGGACACAUCCAGAAGCUAUUACAUGUGGUAACUCAGAGGAUAUUUUGCUUCUGGUAGUAAGGAGCACAAAGACUUUUUUGCUUUAUUCUGCAAAAACGACGAGUUGAAGACUUUUGUAUUUUUGACUUUGCUAGUCUGUGGCAGAGCAGUGAGGACAGGUGGAUAUUUCAGGAUUUUUUAGUAUAGCGUAUCGCAAUGGGUUGACACAAAUGGCAGCUUCACCCUAGCUUCCACUUCUCUGUUUAUUUUAUUCUUUUUUUCUUUUUUUUUUCUUUCCAGUUUUGUGCUAAAGUUAACACUGUCCUAACUCCAGUGCUGAAUAAACAGGAGAGGCUGGGUGAGCCCUCGGUUCCACUGCCAGCCCUGUUCUCCCAAAGCCAUCGAGGGGCAGUAUGGCACCGAGCUGACCCACAGUUUUGGACCUGCAGUGAAUUAGGUUUGUGACCCUGGUCUGAGGACUCUACCCUGAGAAAAGGAGACCCUGAAUGAUGUUAGCUGACUGUACUGUAAUGUUGUAUCAACUGAUUUGAAUGUUUUUGACUUUCCACAAUGAGUUUUCUUUUUUAUUAUUAUUAUUAUUAUUUUUGUAGUAGUUGAAGGCUUAGGUAAAGCUAACAGGCAAUAGGAAUACAUACAUCCACUUUUUUAAUGUAACAGACUAAAUGUUAAUUGUUCUCUUAUUCUUUUUAUUCUAUUUAGUAGACACUUUUGAAGGAUUACUGGAGUUUUAUUGUGUUUAAAUCACCAAGACCUGGUGUUUAAUGAAGGCAGAGCUACAAUAAAUUUAGUUAUGUUCUGAUUUUUUUAUUUUAGAAGUCACAAUAACGUAUUGGGGUUAGAUGUCACUAGUUUGACUGGUGAUCAUGUUUUGACAUAAAAUAUAUCCAAAAUGUUAUAUAAAAAUAUCGUGGGGGUUUUUCUUGA